GAUCGGUCAUCUCUCCCUUGACCAUGCCCCAGCUCGACACAUAGUCCGGGCCGAAUGAGAAUCUAUCUAUUCACUUAUAAUCUACCAAGGAUUGCUUCUAGAAAUGACUUUCGAGACAACUGUUCCGCGAAUCUUAUUCAUAGACUCGUAUGAUUCAUUCACAUUCAAAGAGGCUAUCCCCGACUGUGCUGUGCAUAUCAUCAAGAACGAUGCGUUCACCAUAGAACAACUACUGCCCUUUCUCCCGCUAUUCUCUGCCGUGGUGGUUGGUCCAGGGCCCGGAUCUCCGCAAAACGACCAGGACAUUGGUGUUAUCAAGGAUCUUUGGGGACUUGCCGCCAAUGUACUGCUCCCGAUCUUCGGUGUGUGCCUCGGGCUGCAGAGCCUCGGUGUUGCGUACGGAGCGAGGCUGGAGCGAUUGAACGUCGUGAAACACGGGCAGGCUUCCCUUAUCCACCAUACCGGCCGUGAACUUUUCGAAGGCGUUGGGCUCGUGGAAGCUGUGCGAUAUCAUUCGUUGCAUGUUACAUUGCUGGAUGCUGGCGAGGUCGAGCAGCUUGCAUGGGCAGAUGAUGGCAGCGAGAACGGGCUCGUCGUCAUGGCGAUGCGCCACACUUCCAAACCAUUCUGGGCUGUGCAGUAUCACCCGGAGUCAGUCUGCACUCAAGGAGGAGGGAGGGAUGUUGUGUCGAAUUUCUGGAGCUUGGCACAAACUUGGUCGAACAAACAUGGGCGUCGCACUCUUCCAUGGAACUCCUCAGCUUCCUCUACUUUUGGAAAUCCGUGGCCUGUUUUCUCUCCCACAGAUGUGAUCGUGUCACCCUCGGCUCAGUCUCAGAUUGUUUCGACUCGUAUCCUCGACCUUCCCAAUCUCACUGCUCGCCAAGUCUGUGAACUUUUCGGUGUAGCAAACGACGAAUCUCCGUUCGUCUUGCUCGAUUCGGCAGCUCAACCUGGCCGACAUUCCAUCAUUGGCUCGCUUCUUCCGUCUUCGCCUCAAUUGAGCUACUUUGUUGGGGACGCCUAUGUAACACUCACACAACACGGCCAUUGUUCGGAGCAGCCUUUAGAAGAUCGGGAUAUCUGGAGCUGGGUUUCACACUUCGUGAUGUCCAAGGGAGACUACCGUGGCCACCCCGAGAUCCCUUUCUGGGGAGGGCUCGUUGGCCUUCUCAGCUAUGAGAUCGGGGUCGACACACUGACAGUCCCCCUUCGCCAAAAUAGAACAAGGCGACAUCCUGAUCUGAACCUCGUUUUUGUGGAGCGUUCAGUAGUCUUGGGUGCUGGUACCGGACAGGUUUUUGUGCAAUCGCUUCUUGCUAAUGACGAAGAUUGGGUCGCGAACACUGCUGCCGCUUUACUCAAGGCCGAUUCAGCAAACUUUGUUCCUCGAUCAAAGCUUCCCGAAAUACAGCCUACUCUUUCGAUUCCAAACAAAGCCCAGUACAUAUCUCGAAUCCUCGAGGCACAGGAGAGCAUUUCAUCCGGAGACUCGUACGAACUUUGUUUGACUGCAAGAACGACCGCCAAUUUCCAGAGUGCUGGCCGACCUCCUGGUUCUCGCUCAUGGAACCGAUAUCAAGCCUUGCGCUCCAAGAAUCCUGCUCCUUAUUCAGCCUACAUCCGACUCCAUCCUACUACGUUUCUGUCUUCCUCCCCGGAGCGCUUCAUCUCAACGUCUCGACCCCCGAGGUCCGUUUUCCAAAUGCGACCCAUCAAGGGUACCGUCAGGAAAGCGCCUGGUAUCACGCGCGCCGUCGCCGAAGCGGCCCUCGCGGGGAGCGUCAAGGAAGUGGCGGAGAAUCUUAUGAUCGUAGAUUUGAUCCGGCAUGAUCUGCACUCUGUGCUCGGCGAGGACGUGCAGGUGAAACAGUUCUGCAAGGUGGAGGAGUACGAAACUGUGUGGCAGCUCGUCAGUGUGAUCGAGGGCAAGCUGGAUCCACGGCAAUGCGGUCGAAGGCUGGAGCAGACAUUGGGGUGGGACACGUUGAAGCGCAGUCUGCCUCCCGGGAGCAUGACCGGUGCACCCAAAAAGCGAAGUGUGGAGAUCUUGCGUGGACUCGAAGACACCGAACGCAACAUCUACUCCGGAGUGUUCGGGUAUUGGUGUGUUGGUGGAGGAUCAGAUUGGUCCGUCACUAUCCGAAGCUGUUUCCACUUCGACGAUCCAAGCUGUCCGGACGAGAUAUGGGAGAUGGGUGCAGGAGGUGCGAUUACUGCGUUGUCUGACGCAGACGACGAGUGGGAUGAAAUACGGCCUUCCACCCUCUCCGUAUAUACACCUCCCCCGUCAUCCCAGGGAACAGUCAAAAUCGUCCAGACAGAUGAUCUUCCAGAGGCUCCCGCGCUCUCGAGACAAGUAUCGGCGUCCACGUCUAAAAUACCCUAUGUCUCUGAACUGGACCCGGACGAGUUGUUCACCAAGCGCACGAUUGCCGAAGUGAAGGUCGCACAAAAUAAACUGAGAGCCGAUGCCGACGCGAAGCAAGAGGAAUUGAGGUUGAUGGUGGGGGAGCGAUACCGAGACCUUUUACACGCCUCCACAUCCAUCAUCGCCAUUGCGAGCUCUUCGCACCGGGUCAUCGAGGCUUUGAAUGAGGCCAAAGAUGUUAUUAUGUCUCAAGCCGAGCCUCCAGUCCCUCAACGAAUGUCCUCCUAUAGAGGUGGUGAUGGGCAUCUGCACACCCUUCAAUUGCUUGCUGCGCAUAUGAAACUACUUUUGGACGCGCCCGAAUAUCUAUGGAGGCUUAUGGAGCGCAAAAGAUACUUCACAGCUGCAUGGCUCUUUCUUCUAGCGCUUGUGGUGCACCAUGCUUUGGUACGGAGUGACGAUCAGGAUGAAGAUUCAUGGCAAUCGCAGGGUAUUGAUGUGCUGGAGCAAUUCCCACUUGUUCAACGUCAAUGGGAAGCUAUCCUCCCAUUCCGUUCUCAAAUUAUACAUCGAGCAACGUUGUCAUUGCGAGAGGCCACGCAGGAUAUUUGUGCCGCGGUUCUAUCUUUGCAUUUGUUGGACUCCCGACCACUGUCGGAAGCGCUGUCCCUCUUCCUCAGCCAACGUUCCAAAACACUGCAAGGAUUCUUGUCGCGUAAGGCAGAGGGCACAGCCACAUCUCCAUCCGUAGGAAAAUCCAACGGACAUGUGCCAGAAAAGGUUGCAUCGAAGAGUUCGCUCAAAGAGGUCAAGGAGAUCACGCAAGCUGCCGUGGUCGCUGUUGUGGACACUAUCCGAAUAUGCAGGGCUGUCUUCCAAGACUCUGCGUCCAAGUCCAUGGUUGCUGCCGUGCUCGAGUACAUCCAUUCAGACUCCACGCAACCCGAUAACAAGGCACUCUCAUCAGAACUCAUGCUGACAACAGAAUCAUUGUUGGUGGCGCUGCCCUCCUCUACCCAGUUCUUACUCCUCCCCCCUGCUUUACGCUCGUACAAGCCGCACGUAAAUCUCUCGUCAUCCUCGUCCAUGAUUGAUCCUGUGUACUUCACCCAAACCCUCGAUUCGUGGUUUCAAUCAUCGAAUGGGAGCCUCGAGGUCGCGGUCUCAAAAUGGUUUUCGGAACUGCAUCUCGCAUCCGACGUUUGGUCCUUGCGACUUUCCAUAUGGCGGUGGAUCACAAUUGCUGGUCUCGCCGAUACGGAAUCAGAGGCUUUGAAGUCCAUGUUCGAUCGCACGGCUCGACAGCGGGUUCUCGACAUCUGGGCCAAGGCACUUGGGGAUGCUCAGACCGCAUUCAAAACCCAGCUUGAAGCAGCGACCGCUUCAAUCCGAACUACGCAAUCAGUCACCUCUUCUGCGCAAUUCCUAUUCAAUGCUCCGGCGCUCCCUGUUAUGGGCGCAGGUCACGCGGACGUAUCAUUCGAGAAGUAUCAGCAGUCUUUGCGGCAGCAAUUGCUUGGACGAACGGCUCUCCUGGACGGUGUUUUAUUAACCCUGGAAAAUUGUGCUAGAUCGCUCCAACGAGAUUUUGCUAUCGUGCACGGCGGCGACACUGACGAUCGGGCUACCCUUUCGAAGCUGACAGAAGAGUAUCAACCUCACGCAGAUGAGCUGUGUGCGGGGAUUUUAGACACUCUUUCCUCGGCCGAAAACUCUGAGGAUGACAAUGAUACUUCAGUCAACACUCUUGUCUUCCUGAGUCAUAUUGCGGACGAACUUGUCUCUUCCAUCUUCAUUUCAGGAAUUCGAGCAGGGGAGCAGACUGUACAAGAUUUCCAACGGCGCGCAGAAGCUCUUCGUGAUCGAAUCAUCGAUCGCUGGAGAAGUCGCAUCGUGGCGCAAAUCAUCUCACAGCAAACCGAUAGGCCUACUCUCAUGGUGGUGUCACCUGCACCAUCGCCGGCGUUGAUUGAAGCUCUUCUCAAAUUAUCCACCUCCAUCCAGGAGCUCACCCGGUCCCGGAACGUCAGCCCAGAGCCUGAGAAGACUCUCCGGCAUUUUAUAACAGAAUGGGUCGCAGGCAGCUCGAAACGUGAACCUCAAUCACAUUCAGAUAUCGUUUUCCUCCGCUACCUCGCCAGUCUCUACCGCACAGAGUGGGACGACUUGUGCUCUCUGCUCGAUGCCAAAGCCCAGGAAUGCCAGGAACAUUCCGAACUCGAGAUGCCAAUGGUCGAGAGCGGAGCAUCGGAAUACUUGACACGAACACAGACUCUGUUCGCGCCAUUGCUUCCAGUGCGAUCCCGCAUGCUAUCACUGGACUUGACGACAGACAAAAUGGCACCGCUGUUACCGUUUGGUUCGCCACCGACCGGAAUGCCGUUCCAGUCUGCCGUAGAAGUCGCAAAAACGUCUGCGCGAUUCGGACUACUGCUUGUAGGCACGAUGUUCACAGUCCGACUUACGCAUGAAUGUCCCUUCGUACUGGACUUGUUCGAGCAACACGUCUCCCAGCAUUUCCGCGCCCUCGACUUCCCCCGGCUCUUUUGGCGCGGGUUUCCCGAUGAACCCAACCUUGUCCGCAAACAUUAUCUGCCCCUGGUCGAAGAGCUGGAACGAAUCAAAGCAGACCCGAGUGCGCCUCCUCCGCCCUCUCCGCUGACACGACAUCAGAUCAUCACUCUGCUCGACAUGCUAGCCACCUCUGGCCGUCCAGCCGAUAUCGGCACCCUGAAAGCCAUGUUCGCGCACCUCCCGCUCUAUUUCGGCAUCCCUAUUACCCCCGACCUACACACAGCCGUCAUUUCUGCCUUUCUCAAGCAGGGAUACGUCCGAAUCGCUGUUUCGUGGAUUGCGAGCAUGCCAGACCUCCCGCCACACGUCCACCCAGGCCUGGAACACUUCCACACACUCUUGAAGGGCUGCCCGAUCCAUGUCCAGAUUGCGUACCUCCGCGACAUCGUCAUGCAUAAGAUGCCCGCUGCGGGUGUUCAGCCAGAAGAAGAGACGUUCGCCAUCUUGACGCGUCGCAUGAUCCAGAACGCAAGAGAGAACAAAAAGAACGUGCCUGUGGCCCACUGCACGGGCUUGUUCAGCGACAUGCAAGCCAUGAAACUGGCGUGUCCCUCCUCCAUCUUGGACCUUAUGACCGAUUUCUACAUGAGUCAAGGUCUGACGCAGUUUGCCGAAGCCGUGCGGGCUGACUACGUUGCGCGAUUUCCUCAAGAGCCCUCGGCGGAUGAAAAGCAGUUGCGGGAGUGGCAGACGACUUUGUUUUCAGUUGCCCAGUCUUCCGGUAUCGAGGUGGCGGCCAACCUCAUCGACAUUCUAUGCAAGCAAGGGCUCCCGCGAUCUGGCCUUGCCUUGCUGGCUAUCCUGGGACCCUCGUCUACCAGCGUGGAAGAUCUACGCACCGCAGAGAAGGCGUCUGGAAUCAGUGCGAGUGCGUCGGAGUACGCCUUUCUGAUCAACAACUGCUUGCGAACGAAACGAGUGGGUGAUGCCCAGGCCAUCUACGAGCAAGCGAGAGCAGCAGGAAUCGCGCCGGCGGCUUCUAUGGUCGGGCCUAUCAUCCGGGCUCUCACUUCCGGUGGCCGGAAUUCCGCACAUGAUACGAAUGUCGAUGCAGCCUUGGCUCUGUACACUGAACUGGAUGAAGCUUUCUCUUCCGACUCGGCCGGCCCGGAGAACUCCCCCGGCCCCACCCUGGAUAUCUACACCUGUCUAAUGCACGGACUGGCCAACUGUUCGAACGUGAAGACGGCCUAUCCGAUUGCGCAGGCGCUCCUAUCCGACAUGGAAAGCCGAAAGAUGACUAGCAACCAGUCCAUCAUGACCUCUCGAGUGAUUCUUGAGAUGUGCUCUGCAGACAGUCUCGAAUUAGCGCUCAAGGCGUAUCGCAAGCACUACACGGAGCUCACUGACAUGGGAUACUGGGCCGUGCUCACCGCAUUCGUCCGCUUCUCCUUCACGCUGGGAUACCAGAACGCCAUGGAAUACUUCUACAUCAUCAUCUCGGACAUGGAAAAGGCGGGCUUCCGGAUGAACGACCGGCUAUACACCAAUGUUCUCCGCCAGCUCUCCGAGGUUGCCUCCGCCCGCAGAAAAGAGUGGCGACAGAAAAAUAUCGGGAAGGAGGUUCCGCCCAAGCUCUGCGCCGACAUCCUGGACGCGACACGGCAGCUGCACAACUCGGUCGUGCUAGAUUCGAUGAUCCGGCCUGGGAUGCCUGUCUGGAACGAGAUCAUGGGCACCUAUCAGCGAUUGGGUGCAUUCGCGGACGCGUACCGGAUGUGGCAGCAUAUGUUCCUCACCCGGAGCUUUGGCUCCAUCACUGUCAGCACCAUCCUCGAAAGCUGCGACUCGGCGGAACGGGCGCAAUCCAUCGUGGCGGAUCUGUUGCAGAGCCGGUACGAGUUGACGCUGCAUAACUGGAACGCCUACGUCGAAUGUCUGGCCAAGAACCAGAACAUAUCGGAGACACUCUAUGUGAUUUGCGAGAUGAUGGGGUCUGGUCAUCAGCCGGUCAAAGCGGACGCGUCGACAGUGUCAGUCGUGCUCAAGUCCGCUACGACUGAGCAGCAGCGCCAGUCGGUAUUACAAACGAUCGAGCGUCAGCGACAGCCGCUGUACGCGUCGUUGCCGGAGUCGAUGACGCGACCCCCAUAA